AUGGCGAUGUGUUCUCGGUCCUGCGGCAUCAUCUGUUUCCUCUCAGCCCAGACUCUACUGAUUUUUAGCGUGUCCUCGCCAGGAGCCGAAAGCCUCAGUUUUCCCCAGCAGUUCACGAUGAUGCACUGGGCCAGACGCAUCGAGCAGGAGAUGGACCGAGUUCUUCAGCACGCCACUGGAGCCCAGCAGCUGAAAGGGAUGUACAGCGAGAAGAGGAGGCAGUUCAGCGUGCUGAGGAAUGUGCCUAGAGAACUGGUGCAAAGGGUCGCAAAAAACAUCGACAGACUGCUGGCUAAAAAGCGGCAGGCGCUGGAGAGGCUGGCGAGGGAGGCGGAGAAGCUGCAGAGGGAGCACUCUUGGCAGGACGGGAUCAAGGAGCGCGACAUGGAGUAUUAUGACUCCAAGGCAGAGCUGGAUUAUGUGAGUUCGGAGGAUGGGGAGAACCCUUACUCCCUGAAGUUAGAGUUUGUGGAAGACCCCAACUUCAAAAACAAGGUCAACUACUCCUACACGGCAGUGCAAAUCCCAACAGACAUCUACAAGGGAUCUCCUUUGAUUCUCAACGAGCUCUCCUGGACGCAGGCGCUGGAGAAAGUCUUCAUUGACAACAGCCGCGAGGACCCGUCCCUCCUGUGGCAGGCGUUUGGCAGCGCCACGGGGGUCACGCGGUAUUACCCAGCCUCACCUUGGAGAGCGCCGGAUAAAAUCGACUUGUACGACGUGCGAAGAAGACUCUGGUAUAUCCAGGGGGCGUCCUCCCCGAAAGACAUGGUCAUCCUGGUUGACGUGAGUGGCAGUGUGAGUGGUCUCACUCUGAAGCUGAUCAAGGCCUCGGUGGUGGAGAUGCUGGACACUCUGUCGGACGACGACUACGUCAAUGUGGCGAGAUUCAAUGAGAAAUCAGAGGUGGUGGUCCCAUGCUUUAAGCAUUUGGUCCAGGCCAAUGUGAGGAACAAGAAGAUCUUUAAGGAGGCGGUGCAGCACAUGUCAGCUAAAGGCACCACCGACUACAAGUCCGGCUUCCACUUCGCCUUCCAGCAGCUGCUCAAUGAGACGAAUGUCCCCCGUGCUCACUGCAACAAGAUAAUCAUGCUGUUUACGGACGGAGGCGAGGAUCGUGCCCAGGACAUAUUCGAGUAUUACAACUGGCCCAACAAGACUGUGCGAGUCUUCACCUUCUCUGUAGGGCAGCACAACUAUGACGUCACCCCCUUGCAGUGGAUCGCUUGCGCCAAUAAAGGCUAUUACUUUGAGAUUCGCUCCAUCUGUGCCAUCAGAACCAACACCCAGGAAUACCUGGAUGUCCUGGGACGUCCCAUGGUGCUGGCGGGGAACAAGGCCAAGCAGGUGCAGUGGACCAAUGUCUACCAGGAUGCCUUGGGGCUGGGCUUAGUGGUUACUGGAACGAUGCCGGUGUUCAACCUCACUGUGGAAGGAAGCUCACAGAACCAGUUGAUCCUGGGAGUGAUGGGAGUGGAUGUCCAUCUGGAUGAGAUAAAGAGGCUGACACCAAGGUACAAUCUGGGUGCUAAUGGAUAUGUCUUUGCCACUGAUCCAAAUGGCUAUGUCCUCCUGCACCCUAACCUGCAAGCAAAGAGCAUGAAUCUCCUGGAGCCUGUAACGCUUGACUUCCUGGAUGCUGAAAUUGAAGAUGCCAGCAAGCAGGAGAUCCGACGGCAGAUGAUUGAUGGAAGGUCAGGUCAAGAAACCAUCAAAUCUCUGAUCAAGUCCAUUGACCAGCGAUACAUCGAUCAGGCUGUGCGUACAUACUGCUGGGCGCCCAUCAACGGCACGGACUACAGUCUGGGUCUGGUAAUCCCCUCGUACAGUGAAUAUUACAUCCAGGCGAACCUCAGCGAUGUGAUGCUACAACUGCAGUAUUUGGAUUCCCUGCUGCCGACCAACUUUGAGUCCGCGGGUCAUGUGUUCCUGGCCCCCAGGGAAUACUGUACUCAGCUACAACUUUCUGACAACAACACUCAGUUCCUGGAGAACUUCCUUUCACUCAUGGUGGAUAUCAGACUAGACUCCAAGCAUUGUAAUCAAGGGCUCCUUCACAGUCUUAUCCUUGAGUCAGAUAUCAUUUGGCAACUGGCGACAAGGGUGUGGAAGAACAAGGAUCUCAACACGUAUGGGUUCCUGGCGUUGUUCGCGGCAACGGACGGCGGGGUCACACGGGUCUACCCCAACAGUGCGGCUGAAAUGUGGAAGGAGGACCCAGAGCCCUUCAAUGCCAAUUACUACCGCCGCAGCAUGGACAACAAGGGCUAUAUCUUCAGAGCGCCCCCUAGACACGCUGGAGAUGAGGCCCUGCACUCCGAGAACGGAACCAUCGGCAUCCUGGUCAGCACCGCCGUGGAGAUCAAUAUCGGCGGCAAGACCAUCAAACCUACAGUGGUGGGGGUGAAACUGGACCUGGAGGCCUGGGUGGAAAAAUUCAAGAUCCUGGCCAGUAACCAGUCCGACAGCCGACAGGGUUCACACAAGUGUGGGCCAUCCAGCAGCUGUGAGAUGGACUGUGAAGUUAACAGUGAUGACCUUCUGUGCUAUCUGAUUGACGAUGGGGGGUUCCUGGUCAUGUCCAACCAGAAAGAGCAUUGGAAACAGGUGGGCCUGUUCCUCGGGGAGGUGGACCCUUCCUUGAUGCACGCGCUCUUCAAUAACUCCAUCUACACGCGGCAGCAGUCCUUCCAGUACCAGGCGGUGUGCGACCCCUCUCCCAGCGGCCACACGGGCAGGGCUCCCCGGGGCGUGUUUGUGCCCACCCUCACAGACCUGCUCAGUCUCGCCUGGUGGACUUCAGCAGCAGCCUGGUCUCUGAUUCAGCAGUUACUGUACGGACUGGCCUACCACACCUGGUUCUCGACAGACGAAGUAGAGGGUGAAGGGGUGGACUCCAGAACAGCGAGCUGUGUGGUCGUGCAGACACAGUUCUACUUCACCAACACCACCAACUUCUACAAUGUGCUGCAGGACUGUGGAAACUGCUCCAGGCUAUUCCACGCCAAGCGCAUUGAGAACACAAACCUGCUGUUUGUGGUGGCGGAGAAGGUUCCCUGCAACUCGUGCGAGAUGGAGAAACUGGUGCAAGUGAAGACGGAGUUCCAGGAGGAAAACCCCUGUGAGAUGCUGAACGCUGCACGGUACCGCAAAGGCCCGACUACCUGCUUCGACUACAACAUCAGGGAGAACACAUCUGAGUGCGGGCGGGGCCACUCCUUGCGCCCGAUGCUGGGGCUCCUGCUCGGUCUCCAGCUGCUCCUGCUGCACGUGACCGAAGAUUGUCCUCUGGCCCUGUCUGGCACACACUAAUGCCACCAGUCCCCCUCUCCCUAUCUCUCCUCUCUCUUAGCCUUUACGCGA